AUUCCUUAAUAGUUUGGAAGGAAUUUAUGAGCCAUUUUCCUUUGGUGGCUCUCACACUGCUAAUUCAUGCACAUCAACUUCUUUUUUAAAAAUAAAAUUCAAUAGUUAACAACGAGGAUCUUUACGGAUACUCAUAUUUGUUUUGACCGGGUGGGUGUCAACUUGUAUCUAAUUGGUCCAGAUCACCAAGCAGUUUACUUGUAAGGUUGUGUAAGGAGGUUGAGUCUUUAUACACACUGAAGCUGUAGGUCUGCUAUUUAUUUUGUAUUCAUUAACAAAUUGUGAAAGUAUACCAAUGCAUGUGGAUGAAUUAUUACGAAAUUGAUUUUUAUGGAGGUUCUCAAUGCAUUGUUCAACCUCUGCAAGAUCAAUAAGAGGAGACAAGAACAGGCCGCAGAGAAUGGAAUUAUCCCACAUUUGAUGCAUAUUUGGAAUUACCCCACAUUUGAUGCAUAUUAUAAUGUCUGGAUCUCCACUGAAACAAUAUGCAUUGGCUCUUUUAUGUGAUAUGGCUCAUGCAUCACUCAAUUCUAGAGAACAGCUAAGAGCACAUGGUGGAUUGGACGUGUACCUGAGCCUUCUGGAAGAUGAGCUCUGCUCUGUUACCGCAUUAGAUUCCAUUGCUGUUUGUUUAGCACACGACAAUGACAGCAGGAAACUGGAACAAGCAUUGCUUAAAAAGGAUGCUAUACAGAAACUGGUUAAGUUCUUUCAGUGCUGUCCAGAACAGUAUUUUCUGCACAUAUUGGAGCCUUUUUUAAAGAUUAUCACGUAUGUCAUUUCCCAGUUUUACCUACAUGCACAUUAUCAUCUUUCAGUGGAUCAGCUUUCGUGCUAUUGGUGAAGACAUUGCCUAAUAUUUGAGUUAAUUUUAAAUGCAGCAAAUCAUCACGAAUAAACACCACACUGGCUGUCAAUUGUUUGACCCCAUUGUUAAUAUCUAGACUUGAUCAUCAGGAUGCUAUAGCUCGUCUCAAUCUUCUAAAAUUAAUAAAGUUAAGAAUUUCUU